AUGGUGAAAGCGCCAGUAAUAACGAGUCAUCUGCGCGAUGCUCAGAUUGACGAGGGCAGUAAGUUCGAAUUUGCUGCUCGCAUCGAAGGCGAACCGCUCCCGGAAAUUCGAUGGUUUAAGGAUGGCAGAGAUGUGAAGGAUAAUAUCGACUACCGUACAGCAUUCCUGAACGGAGUGGCCACGUUGACCAUCGAUGAAACGUUUGUUGAAGAUACUGCUGUGUACACUGUGCGAGCCGAAAAUAGUGCAGGUGUGGCCGAAUCGUCUGCUAAACUUGUUGUGAAAUCUCGAAGCGAGAUGGGUUCACAGCUGGAGGAGCAGUCAAAACCGCGAUUCAUCAGACAACUUCGCAAUGUAACCGUCACUGAGGGUGAUGAUGCCAUCCUUGACUGUGUCCUUGUUGCCGUGCCAGAACCUAAGGUAGUGUGGUACAAAGAGGAAGAGGCUGUCAAGGAAUCAGAACAUAUUCAACUCCGUUUUGAGGGCGACCACUGCUCCCUGACAAUCAGGGAUGCAAAAAUGAACGAUGCUGGCCUGUAUACCGUCAAAGCAACAAAUGCUGCUGGUCAGGCGACGAACUUCUGUCGUCUCACUGUACAGUCACCGCCAGUUACGAAAGGUGCCGCGGUGCCGCCUUCAGCACCCCCGAAGCCAAAGUUUGUGCCAGUGACACCGUCGUUUGCACCGCCACUUACCAACCAAAUAGUGCGGGAGGGCGAAAAAGCGGUGUUUGAGGUGCGCGUAUUCGGUGAGCCACCUCCAACUGUUUAUUGGAAGUACAACGACGAGCCUUUGCAUGCAACACCGGAAACGCGCGUUGAGGAGGAAAUCAGCAGAUGGCACCGGGUUUUGAUUGAGAAUACUCGCCCCGAGCAUUCCGGAAUGUACACUGUUAUUGCUGAGGUGCAUUUUCUUGUGCAGAUACACUGCGCAGUUUCUGUUUUUUUCAUAUCCAACAAUUACAAGUGUGGCGUAAAACUGUGA